AUGCACUGGGUGAAGGCACUAGGGCUGGUGGUCGGGGCCACUGCCCUGUUGGGGCUUGGGAUCAUCCUGGGCCACUUUGCCAUCCCCAAGGCAGCUGACUCACAGGCCCCGAAUCCCUCAGACCUUCAGGACCUGGACCUGGAGAUCCUUCAGGCUGUUCUGGGGCAACUGGAUGCCAGCAGGAUCCGAGAGAACCUUCGAGAACUCUCCAAGGAGCCACACCUGGCUUCCAGCCCCCGGGACGAGGCCCUGGUGCAGCUGCUGCUGGGGCGCUGGGCUGACUCGGUGUCAGGCCUGGAUUUGGCCAAGGCCUAUGAGUAUGAGGUGCUAUUGUCCUUCCCCAGCAGCACGCAACCCAACCGUGUGGAAGUGGUGGGCUCCCAAGGGGACAUCCUCCAUUCCUUCCGCCCAGGAGAGAAGAAUCUGACUGGGGAGCAGGCUGGGCCAGAUGUAAUACAGCCCUAUGCUGCCUAUGCUCCCCCUGGAACCCCAAAGGGCCUCCUGGUCUACGCCAACCGAGGCACCGAGGAGGACUUCCGGGAGCUGCAGGCUCAGGGCAUCAACCUCCAAGGCACCAUCGCCCUGACUCGCUAUGGUGGUGCAGGGCGUGGAGCCAAGGCUGUGAACGCUGCCAAGCACGGAGUGGUCGGGGUGCUGGUGUACACGGAUCCUGCAGACAUCAAUGAUGGGCAGAGCUUGCCCAGCGAGACCUUCCCAAAUUCCUGGGGCCUGCCUCCUUCUGGUGUGGAGCGAGGCUCCUACUAUGAGUACUUUGGAGACCCUCUUACUCCCUACCUCCCAGCCCACCCCUCUUCUUUCCGUCUGGGCAGUAACAAUGUCUCUGGAUUUCCCCCAAUUCCAUCCCAGCCCAUUGGCUUUGAGGACGCUAAAGACCUGCUCUGUAACCUCACUGGACCCUCAGCCCCAGCCUCCUGGCAGGGAGCCUUGGGCUGUGACUAUAAACUGGGGCCGGGCUUUCAGCCAGAUGGAAACUUCCAGACUGACAGCCAGGUCCAAGUGAGUAUUUACAACCGCCUGGAGCUGAGGAACUCCUCCAAUGUCCUAGGCAUCAUCCGUGGGGCUGUGGAGCCUGACCGCUAUGUGAUCUAUGGGAACCACCGGGACAGCUGGGUACACGGGGCUGUGGACCCCAGCAGUGGCACUGCGGUCCUCCUGGAGAUCUCCCGUGUCUUGGGGACCCUGCUGAAGAAAGGCACUUGGCGACCACGCCGGACAGUCAUAUUUGCCAGCUGGGGCGCAGAGGAGUUUGGGCUCAUUGGAUCCACGGAGUUCACAGAGGAAUUCCUCAACAAGCUGCAGGAGCGCACGGUGGCUUACAUCAAUGUAGACAUUGCUGUGUUUGCCAACGCUACCCUUCGUGCUCAGGGGACACCUCCUGUACAAAGUGUCAUCUUCUCUGCCACCAAAGAGAUCAAUGCACCAGGUCACAGCGGCCUCAGUAUCUACAACAACUGGAUCCAGUACUCCAACCGCACCAGCCCAGUGUAUGGCCUUAUCCCCAGCUUGGGUUCUCUGGGUGCCGGCAGCGACUAUGCCGCCUUCAUUCACUUCCUAGGCAUCUCUUCCAUGGACCUCGCCUACACCUAUGAUCGGAGCAAAACCUCAGCCAGGAUCUACCCCACCUACCACACGGCUUUUGACACCUUUGAUUAUGUAGAGAAGUUUCUGGACCCUGGCUUCAGCAGCCACCAAGCUGUGGCCCAGACUGCUGGGAGCGUGCUUCUCCGGCUCAGCGACAGCAUCUUCCUGCCUCUCAAUGUCACUGACUAUAGCGAGACCCUGCGCAGCUUCCUGAAGGCUGCCCAGCAGGACCUUGGAGGCCUGUUGGAGCAGCACAGCAUCAGCCUGGCGCCCCUGGUGACUGCAGUGGAGAAGUUCGAGACAGCAGCUGCAGACUUGGGCCAGCGCAUCUUAACACUACAGAAGGGCAGCCCAGACACUCUGCAGGUGCGGAUGGUCAAUGACCAGCUCAUGCUCUUGGAGCGUGCCUUCCUGAACCCACGGGCCUUCCCAGAGGAACGCUACUACAGCCAUGUGCUCUGGGCACCCCGUACCGGCCCUGUUGCCACAUUCCCAGGCCUGGCCAAUGCCUGCUUCAAGGCCCAGGGCACAGACUCCAGCUCUGAAGCUUGGGCUGAGGUGAAGAGACAGCUGAGCAUCGUGGUGAUGGCCCUAGAGGGUGCAGCAGACACCCUGAGACCUGUGGCUGACCUCUGACCAUAUCUUUCUUCAUUUUAUUCCUCUCCCACCUGUUUUCCUGGGGUGUGUCUCAGUCUUUCCUGAGACCAGGAGUGGACAUAACCACUUCAGAGGGGAGAGACUGGAGUUUUGAGGCAAUAGCUGGAGGUCCCAUCAGUUCCAGACACCUGAGGAGUGUAGCAAGUUCCAGGUGACAGUCUCCUCUCCUCAGCUCUUGGUUGGCAGAGUGGUAGCAGGACAGAAAGAGUGGGCAGGUACACACUGGAUAAAGCCAAUUAAUUGCUCAUGGUAUGGUAGGAGAGGAUAGGAUACACGAUGCCAACUCAGAGACCACCAAAGCCACCAUUCAGAGUGGAAGUGAUGCCCAGAGUGAACAUGGCCUUAUCCAACCUAUUUUCCUUUCUUCCCACUAUUAUGUGUGUCAUACCCCUCAAAACCCUCAAAUAAAUGAAGUCUAACAACUGGUCCCUAUA